AUGAAAAAGUACAUUGCAACUGAAAAGUUGAAGCAGUGCCCUGGUUGUAAAUUUGUUUACAAGCGAGAAGAAGGAUGCAGACACAUGGAUAUCGCUGAGCUGCGUGAGAUCAACGAUGCUCUGGAAACUAUUACCCAUGCAGAAUCCCCAGCCGUGAGCCCGACAGCCCUCCGCAGGGCUGUGCGGGUAGUCGAGGGUUUGUUUCCCACGUCUGAAGAAAGUGAAGAAAGUGAAGAGAGUGAAAGGAGCGAAAAGAGUGAAAAGAGUGAAGAGAGUGAAAAGAGUGAAAAGAGCGAGAGCUCCGACGAUUCUGAUUCAGACUCAUCUACGCGAAGGCUAUUGUUCCAGGACAGGGUCAACACCAAUAAUCCCCAGUCCCAGAACGGGGGUCUUGGACCGGAGGAAACUCGAGUGCUGUAUGCUUCUAUACUAGCUCGUACCACCAGAAGGCGUUUGCCCCCAGACCUUAGGACACCCAAGGAGCCCGAAACGGGCCAAGAUGGAGUGAUGCCAAAGCCUACUCAUAAUCCUGCCCAAGACCUAAUGGGUACCAGCACAGGCAGGGACGCUGCACGGGGGAACCCUGGAUAUUACCGACCGCACAUGGAGCAAGCAGUAACACAAGACCAUCUCAACUCUCUAGGCACAGCAUGGAAUGACCUUGGGACCACAUAUACUUUCCAUCAUAGAGCAGCACAGUCCGGAUCGAGUGAGCCAUGGUAUCCCAACCCAUUCACAGAUCAGAGAUAUCGCAGUAUGCUCGGACAAUACAGCGAGGCUGAUAACGUUGGAAUGUUUGGUGGAACACUUGAUUCGGGAGUGGGAGGUUUUGGGUUUCAGUCGCGAGUGCAAGUACAACAACAGGGCCAAAUGCUGCCGCAUCAAGUGCAGCCACAUCAAGUGGAGCCACAUCAAGUGCAGCCGCAUCAAGUGCUGCCGCAUCAAGUGCAAUUCCAGACAAAUUCGGUCUACGGAGGGAUUGCGCAUCCGGCGUUUCAAUCACACCCUGACCUUGUGGGAUCUAGUCGCGGACAAAGAAGAACCGACGAAGGCAGCCAAUACUCGCGCAAGCGGUCUGCAAGGGAGUUGAGUGAUUACGACUCGUCCCCUUUUGCACCUGAUGGCAGACCCAGCAAAACAAUUCGCAGUCAGCCAAGCCUUGAUCACUCCGGGGACAUGGACUUUGAGUGGGAUACGGACUUUGCGAGGCAUCCUCAACAGAUGGUGCCCACCGGGAUGCCAGGGACACAUGCUAGAGUGCUUGGACCCGAGAUACGCUCGACAGAUUGGAGAUCUCGACAUAUUUUAGAGAACCGCCAGUUUGCUUUGACGGCAUUAGCCGACACGCAGCAGCACCUCACAGGGAAUACUUAUAUGAACCAUGCGCAUCCUUGGCCAGAAUACUUUCCAGCUGCAAGUCUUGGUCAGAGUGCGACACUAGUCUCAUCCCUGCCCCCACUUCGACCUACCCCCUAUACAAAUCAGCCAUGGGGACCAGAGAGGCGUUUUCAGCAGCAAACGCCCAGCCAAGGAUUCAAUAAUGGCUUUGAAUUCCAAGCGCCGAGUCCAGGCAGUCAGGGUAUGGGAGAAAUUGCGCAAGGAUUUGGUCAGAUGCGACUGCAAAGCGCACCUCCGCAGCGAAACCAGGAGAACAUUCCACCUUGGUAUCAGCAGAGAGUCGUCGUGGCUCAUCCCGACCCAAGUACCCACGCUCAUCCCCUGCCGGCGAAUUUCUUUGGCAGUCCUGACAUUAGCCCCUGGAGAAGCCGAAGAGGUGGCCGCGGACGUAGCCGUGGGAACGGUGCAGCACCCAACAGUCACAACAGGCGGGAUGAACCAUUGGGGUAA